AGGGAAGGAGGGAGCCGUAGCCACGUAUCGAUCGGCUAGUAGAAAAUUACCCCCUACAAGGAGACCUCGCAGUGUACGAGACCGACCACGUACGAGUCGGUGGUGCUCUCGUGGUGCUCGCGGCCCACGCGGAUCCCUGCACGCUCUCGUUCUCCGUUCUCACGCACGCACUCACGCACGCAAGCAAGCACGUACGCUCGCGCAAGCAAGCAAACACGCACGCAAGCAAGCAAGCAAGCAAGCAAGCACUCGCGCACGCAUCUGUACGUUCAUCGUCGACACGACCGUCGUUCACGUCGUUCGGUGCGAGCGAGCAGAGAGAUCGCUUUAGGGGUGCAUCCGGUUCGCCGGCCGCCGGAGCUCCGUAUUUGCAGCCAGAGUUGCGGGAGGAUUCAAUUACGUGAUCCAGACAGGCCAGACACGACAGCACCAUGGCGUUCGCGGGGCUCAAGAAGCAGAUCAACAAAGCGAAUCAGUAUAUGACGGAGAAGAUGGGUGGAGCGGAGGGAACGAAGCUCGACGUCGACUUCGUGGAUAUGGAGAGGAAAACAGACGUCACCUACGAGCUCGUGGAGGAGCUGCAAAUGAAGACGAAAGAGUUCCUCCAGCCGAAUCCAACGGCGCGAGCGAAGAUGGCUGCGGUCAAGGGCAUCAGUAAGCUCAGCGGUCAGGCGAAGGCCUCGACCUACCCUCAACCGGAAGGUGUACUCGGCGACUGCAUGCUCACCUAUGGCAAGAAAAUGGGCGAGGACAGCAUUUUUGGUAUAUCCCAGGCUCUCAUUGAAAUGGGCGAAGCGAUGAAACAGAUGGCCGACGUGAAAUAUUCGUUGGACGACAACAUUAAGCAGAACUUCCUCGAGCCGCUGCACCACCUGCAGACCAAAGAUCUGAAAGAAGUGAUGCAUCACCGGAAGAAAUUGCAAGGUCGUAGACUGGACUUUGAUUGCAAACGAAGACGUCAGGCGAAAGCGACUGGGAAGAGGUCCGCCAGUCCGCAUUUCGGAAGUCCAGCGCGAUCGAGCACCUCGUCGCCUUAUGCUGGUUCUCACGUUUCAGACGACGAGAUCCGUCAGGCCGAGGAGAAGUUCGAGGAAAGUCUCCAUCUCGCGCAAAUGGGCAUGUUUAAUUUGCUGGAGAACGACGUUGAACAAGUGGCGCAGCUGGCGACCUUCAGCGAGGCUCUCCUCGAGUAUCAUCAACAGUGCACCGACGUUCUCAGGGUGUUGACGGAGACGCUUUUAGAAAAGAAAGAGGAGGCGCUGAACAGACCGAAGUUGGAGUUCGUGCCGAAGACUCUCGCGGACCUGCACGUGGAAGGAUUGUCGACGUCGGACCACAUGAACGGGUCAAGUCGAGCUGGCUCUCCGGUUCAUGCGGACGGGAAGCGCUCGCAGCUCGAGCUAUUUCCGGCCGGAAACCCGCCACAAUCUACCAAUGCUUCACCCUUGCCCUCACCGAGCAAAUCGCCAGCGAGGACGCCGAUUUCAAGAACGCCGUGCUGCACAGCUCUUUACGACUUUGAGCCCGAAAAUCCCGGUGAACUUGGAUUCAAGGAGAACGACACGAUCACCUUGACCCAGAAGCUCGACGAGAAUUGGUUCGAGGGCAGCCUGGACGGCCGCACGGGCUAUUUCCCCGUGUCCUACGUGCAGGUCGUAGUGCCAUUACCCUAAAACGACGCCGCGCAUCUCGAAGCCAAAGACCCAGCAUUCGUUCACUAGCGUCUACCACGGGAUUAUUCUACUCUUCAGCUAGCCUAAAACACCCGAAACUACUCCCUAUCGACGACUCUAUCUACCUACUUAUCACUUGCGUUACAGCCCUCCGCAGUGUACCUACGAUGAAUACCCUUCGAAAAAUACCCCCGACCCCGAGAAUAGCCUCUAUUACGCAUGUUAAUGUACAUAUAUAAUGUUAUAGUGUCUUUUAUCGACGUAAGGACCUUCGCGCGCGCAGACACACACGAAUGCAUACCCAGGAAAUAUGUGCAUAGAUACAUAUAGACGUAUUAUACGUAUGCAAACACAAUAUACAGACACGUGUAUCAUCACACUGACAAGACACACACACGCUCAGAGAAAAACAUGAUAAUGGUAAUUGUAUAUAGAUGACAAUUUAAUACGAGUUUAGUAUGUAGAGUUAAUUUAAUAAACUAUUUUCCUCAGUUGUUGCAACUAAAGUUGCAGUUGCAAUAACCUUGAGAUGAUUCAUCCAACUGUAUACAUUAAUUCUACGUAAAAAACCCAUAGUUGUUGCAACUAAAGUUUUAGUUGCAAAAACUAUAAAAUAGAGUUGUCACUUAUGCACUUGCCAUCGCCAUGUCUUUUUGUCUGAGUGCAGAUGCAGACACACGCACGCACGCACACGCAUCUAUACAAGUACACGUAAACACGUUAAAGUACCUAUGAUAGCAGUUCACUGUCAAGGGCGGCUCUCUUUUCAUCUUCUUUCAUUUUACGUUAUCGCGUUUCGUCAUAUUCAGAUGUAUACUUUCGGAAAUAUUUUCACCGCAGUUCGAGUGCACAAAAGAAAAGGGAAGAUAAGCAGCAAGAGAAAGAAGAGGUGCGAAUCAAAUCGAGCAUAUGCAUGAAUCGAUUGAUUAUGGCAGAGCGCGUUAUAUUUCUCCGAUGUAGUUCCCUCUCUGAGAUCCAAUUCGCUAAUCACGCUCAACGUGAGCGUCGUUUGUCUCGUCCUCCCUCGUAAGGAGCCGGAAGUCCGGCUUGUUUGUUUCCUAUUCUUGCGAACUGUACUUCAUCCGGGGAAUAAACAUCGCGCGCGAUCGUCAUGCGCGACGAUUUAUUCGGAUGGGGUGAGAUUGUUCCAGCAUACUUGAUUUUCUCACUAAACGCUAAAUGAAAGACAUUUUAGACGUUAGUCGAUCGCGUUGUCGCGCCGUCCACUGGCGUUUUACAACCCUAGUGAAAUUUUCUUCUUCUGCUUGUACGAUAGAUGAUAAUGAUUAAACAAACAAAGAGAGAGAGAAUUACAAAUUGCUAAUCGAUGCUAUUUAAUCCACUUUUAAUGCAACGUCGUGAUUUAACUCCCUUAAGAAGACGAUUAUACCGAACUUACGAUAUAAAGGGUGAAGAAAUUGACGUCACUCACAUCGAGAAUACAUACACACGCACACACACGUACAAAUAUACACACAUACACACACAUUGUUGCGUGUUAAAUGAAUUCCGAGACUUUUCCUUUGAUCGGUGCAACCUUUUAUUGUCGCAUGACCGAACGUUAAUGUCGCUGGAGCAAUCUUAUCGAGUCCCGCGCUCGCUUCCCUUCUGCGCGCGACGCGGAGGGGAAAACCCUUCUGGCCGCUACAGAUCAUACAGGUUCCUUCAUGGCUCGUUUGUCGUAUAAUCGUGUUAUAAAAGCGCACGGCUUUCUUCGCGACACGGUUCGAUCAUAUCCAAUUCGCGGUACACACAUGUUCUUGCGUUGGUCCGCGCGGCGCAACAAAACUCGUUACUCGUGCAAUGUAUUCGUAUGAUAAUGUUAUAGCGACUCGUUUCCAUUCCUCAGUCGAUUGACCGCUCAUUCGACCGCGUAUUUCCUUCCUUCCUUCCUACCUUCCUUCGUUCUCCGGUUCUCUCCCUCUUCGUUUCGUUUUCAAUUGCUAGACGACACUAGCUAGAAAUUAGGGUUUACUUUAAGCGAAAUGGCGGCGAAUCUCUUCCACGAAGUCAUUCUCAAUUUACCAGUGAUUAUUGUAGAUAAUCCCCGGCAUUGUUUUCACGACGACGAUGAUCUCGAUUUAUUUGUUGUCGGAAAAAUUCCGGAACGAUAAAUGGCGACGUACGCUCGGUUUGGACUAGUGUUGGGCACGUUAUGAUCGAUUGAAAUGUAGUCAGCUGACUAGAAUAGUUUUAAUCAUUAAAAUUAAUCAGUCGUUAUGUAUAAAGUCACAAACAAUUUAAUCGGUUGAUGCAAUUAUUAAUCAAACCUUCAUCAGAUUGAUUAUGCAUUAAUUAAUAAUUAUAAUUUCAUCAGUUGAUUUUGCUGUUUGCAAUUAAUAAUAUUAUAUAUAUGACUGAUUCAUUCCGAUUUCUGAUUAUUCGCUGUUUAUUUGAGUCAAAGAAAAUUUUAAUCGAGAUUAAUGCGCACAACGUUGAUUUUAAUACGGUUUGUGGACACUUUCAAUUUCGAUGCAGUUUGAAACGCAAUCGAUGGAACGGAUAACUUUGUAAGAGAACUCAACUUCUGAGAGUUGUUGAGUUUGACGCGUUCCUAACUUCAUCGGUGAAACGUGUCGCGAGCCGUUGUGCAAACGAGUGUACAGGGUGUUAAAAGAAGGAUACGCUUCUUUGGAAGCAAGGAGCAUUUAAUGAACGUAAAAAAUGGGGACCGAAGUUGGAGACAGUUUUUUAUUUUGACAGCGAAAGCGAUUCGCUACCUAUUCAAUUCAGGGAUGGCGAUCAAAACAUAGAAUUAUCUGAUAAAUUCCUAUAAAAAUGCAACUGAUUCGUUGUUCCGACUGCAGACAAGCAGAUCAAUGAUAGAAACACGUAUGACCAUGCUAAUAAUGUCAUGAAUACUUGGUAUAACGAUGAAAAUUAGCGAACAUAAAAUAAUUUCAUGCUUACAUGCCGUCUAAUUUGAAUGGGAAUGAGCGAGCCGCGAGCUUCCACUAUGAAAGUAGAGAAACUCGUUUCUGAAGCAAGUUCCACUUCCGAAAAGGUUCAUUUCUCAACCUGUUUACUAGGCUCUUUUCUGCUCAAUUCAGCAAAUAUGAUCCGAAGUCGCGUACCUUCUGUUCAAAGCACCAAAUAUAUAUAUAUGCAUAAUUAUGGAAUUAAAAUUAGCGUCUUUAUGUGCGGAAAGUUAUAGCGAUUUGUAGAAAACAAGUGAUAAUUUAUUUCUUUGAUAUUGCAUUAGAAAUUGUAUUGUGAACGAGGCCACAUACGAGGAAUUGCUCCGUGAGAAAGAGGAAGCGCAAUCCUCGCAGUUUGUCGAAUUUUCGGAGAAACGAGCGAAAUUUUUCCGACACCUUAGCGCGCUUGUCGCGUAGCAGUUUGCCACAUCGAUCUUUAUUCUCUUUUUUACGAUUUUUAAAAAUUAUUUAUUCCGAGUGCAAAGGUCGUCUCCAUUUUUUACCAUGUGCGCGUGACGAAUGUAUAACCGCGAACGCAGGCGCAAUAAUUUCGAUUAGUAUUAUUAGCCCAUCGGCAUAAUAGUGGCGCAAGCAAGAGAGUAACACGAGAAUGAGAAAAACAACAGACUUCCUAUUCGAAUCAGCACCACACGGUAGCGUUCAUACGUUAAGCGUAGAGUCUAUAACGUAGACCCGACGGAUGUAAUUACUACUUUCGCAGCACCGGCGAUCAGUUUCGAACCCGCUCCCCUUCUGUGACUUUGUACGAGAGUUCAACCGCCAGAACAAUGAAAGUAAUUAAGGAACUUGAUUAUUUGUUGCCACGUGGAUUUUAGGUAAAAGAGAAGAAUGAAAUCUUCGAGCGAUAUAUCUGCUAAGCGUAAUGUAACGACACUAGAGUAAAUUACUUACACGUAUAUCGUCGAGAUAAGGGCGACGGCGGACACGACGGCACGUUGUCUUUUUUAUUGUCAUUGCUCGCGCGUGUUAUUAUCAUUAUUGCGGUCGCACUGUCAUUCGUAACCGCGGAGCAGUGAGAUCGCGUCUUCGAUUGCGCUCGAAUUGUCAUGUUCGGCACGAAAUUGUUGUUGAAAGCGACAACGGGCUCAGAGACAGCCGCGGGCAUCUUCCGGAUCUCGCGAGAGUGAGUUAUAUAUAAUUAUUAAUAAAAUAAGAUAAAGAGAAUACACACACAUACACACGCACGCACGCACACAUAUACAUACACACACCUAGAAUACCUAGUGUCAUCCUGAUUUUACGAAGCUUUCCGACGCUUGUCCGAAGUGAUUGCGUUGGUCGUCGGUUUCCCUUCCGCGAACGACCACGUAGACUAUUCCGAUAGACACGUAGAGGUACUCUAGAGAUUGUAGACUUAAAGGAUCCUUCUCUUCAGGGGCUCACAGAGUUUCAUAUACGUAGCGUAUCGCGAGAUAGAGGGACACGAAUGGCUUUAAACAGUAGCGAUAAUCUCUCAUAGUUAUAUUCCUUUGGCGUUAGGUGACGCAUCCUAGAUACUCUAGACGAACUCGCCGAGGUCGGAGGAUGCCCCAGCGGUCCAACCACGGUGCGAUACACCGUGACGAAGCGGCGCUUGUAAGUUAAUCGCGAAUUGAGUUACUGCGUAUCUCGCGAUCGACACCACCGACUAAUACUGUACCACCGAUAUUGUUAUUAUUAUGAUGAUUAUGAUUGUUAUGACGAUCACACACCAUUUGCUGCUGUCACCGUCGCCGAUUAAGUCCUUACCAGACAGACACACAGACGAUGAGGAUAAUAUAAUGGAAGGACGAGAGCUGUGGAACGUGAAGGAAAAAAAAAGAGCCCGCACGAGUUUCAACCUACCUAUAAUCGCUGUGAGAUAAACGAAACUCUUUUCGAAGCUCGAGGUGUUAUCGAUGUUGUGCAAUAUUAAAAGUUUAACAGCACCGUGUUUAGAGCCGGUGGAGGGGGCCAUCGCGCCGGACCAGUGUUUCUCAAAUCAUUAUCGAGAGAGAAAGGGUGGACGUGUACACGGAGAAAGGAAGUCACUGGGAUUAACGUGAUAAUGGCACAGCCUUGACGCCGCGAAUUUCACUUCAUUUUCAUUUUAUUAACAGGAGAGUAAUUCUUUUAGUUUCACGAAGAAAAGAAAUUAUUUUGUAUUAGCAAGCAAAUAGCUAUUAAGUUACAAAUUAUUAUUAGCAAACAUUAAUAGCGAUAUCACAUAUGUUUUGUGUUUAAUUAAUAUAGAGACAGUAUUUCUAUUUGAACUAUUUGUGAAAUUUAGCAAAAGAGUUUCUCUGCGAUGCUCAUUCGGAUUAAAAUCAGUUACGCUUUAUAAAAAUUGACUGUAGACAAAAACGACUAAAGACGAGGAACAAACAAAUAUAUAAUCUCACAUCCAUCUAUUACUUGCAGAUAUUGUUAGAAUACUUUGCUGCUGUCAGCAGCAAAUUUCACGUGUCAUAGAUAAUUUGCUAGCGGAUGCAAAAGACAGCGAUGAAUUUUAACUGUGGCAUUUAGAAUUCUAUCUAGACCAAUGAAACAUUUUUUUGAAUAUUUGAUUUGUAAGAAUGAACAUCUCUGUUCUCUUCAACUAAAUUUAUUAGUGUCAUUGUCAUGUUAAUGCAAUGUUUUUUCUCCGUGUAGGGCCGAGGGUUGAGCAAUGAUCCAUUGCGAUUACCCUCACGCGUGUUUCAAGCGUCCUACCCCGCGAUCGCGAUAAGAAGAAUACCUUAAGAAAGAAUACAUUAACUUAUGUGUCGGGUGAACCGAUGAAGUUUUGUCAAUUAGAACGCACGUGGGGGAUACCGAGAGGCGCGGAUCUUCUCUUCGAACAUAUACAUACAUACAUAUACGCAAACAUACACUCCGACCGAUGUAUAUAAGGGAAACUGCAAGUGAUGGAGAAAAAAGAGAGAGAAAGAGAGAGAUAGACCCGAGGUCAAUCGGAUCGCGUCCCCGUGCGUAUGAUAGCAAUAAAACGCUAAUUAUCCCACGUUGAGAGAGCAGGGGCGGAUGAGGGUGGCGGCCUGAAGCUAAUCGAACCCCUCAGCGUGGAUGUGUCGACACGAAAUUGCAGGUGCAAAACAGAAGAGACGACGUUUCACGUUUUGCACAGCUCGCGAGAAUAAACGGAUAUCAGCAACAAAAGUAUGAACAAUUGAAUCUCGUGAUUUUCACGAACUGAAAUGUAUUGUGCUUUGUGAGAUUUCGCGUAAUAGCCCGUUCACACAACACCGAAUCGGUCUUUUUACCGAAUCGGUUUUCUUGCCAUCUUCUGUAGUAGACGUAUAUAUUUUAAUGUGCGUGUUCACACGAUGCUGCCGUCGAUCGUACACGGUAAAAUAACCGAUUCGGUGAUUUUUGACAUUCGGUUUUGCCAACGAAAACCGUAUGUCGCGAUUCGGUAAUAAAACCGAAUCGGUCGCUAGUGGCGCAUAUAUCGUAGUGCAAACGUUCAGACGGUUCAGUUGUUUAACCGAAUCGCCGUAUCGGUAGACGGUGUUCACAGCACAAGUUAACAAUACUAAAUGAACGUGAAGAAGGAAACAUGAGAGAGAGGAGAGUGGACGUACGGCAAAAAAAAAACCGAAUCGUGUGAACACUGCAUUAGUUAACACCGAUUCGGCAAAAUUACCGAUACGGUAAACAAACCGUAACGUGUGAACGGGCUGUAAAUCUUCUUCGGUGGAAUUUCGACCGCGAGGAUCAGUCGCGAGGAGAUUUGAAGCGGAAUGUCGCGAUUAAACGGUGCAUCUCGUACAGCAUGAAAGAUUUGAAAGUUAAAUACCUCUAAGUGACAUUAGUCUUGGGGUCGCUCGAUAGCCGGAGGCCUGAGAGGCUUAAGUAAUAUAAAGUCUCUAUGUAUAAAUUCGCCCCUGAUCGAAAAUUCUCGUUGGUGGUCGGAUGAAGGAGGUCGAUUUGAGAAACAUUGCGCGCUGGGAAGAGAAAGAGAGAGGGAGAAGAGAAGAGAUAUACGAGAGUACAUAUAUAUAUAUAUAUAUAUAUAUAUAUAUAUAUAUAUAUAUAUAUGUAUGGUAUUACUACCUAUGCAGGAGGAAGUCUAUAUUGCCGUGUGAUAUUAAUAAUUUACACGUCGCGUCGGUUCGCGAUUACGUUCGAUUGUUUACGGACCGAUUCGCGCGAUCUGACAAAAAGAGAGAGAGAGAGAGAGAGAGAGAGAGAGAGAAAGAGAGAGGGAGAUAGAGAAAGAAAAAGUAUGGGACAAGCGGCGAAAUUGGCACGAUCGCGAAAGAAUGAACUUAACUAUAAAUACUAAAUCGGUAUCUUAUUCUAUAAAUGUUGGCUAUUGUUAAAUGUUGAAUAUUGUUCCGCGGAGAUAGAG